CACAUAAGGAGCCUGAAGCAGUGACAGAAAAGGGUUUCUCCUACUCCAGGAGACCUGCUGGCACUUUUUGCCCUUAACUUUAGGGAAACUUUGCCCUGAGCUGCAGGCUGCACAAACUGCACUCACUUGAUCUCCUCUGGACACUGGAAAAGGGAGAGAUCUCCAGUGAUGGCAAGGGGAGCACUGCUGGCAGCCCUGGGCCUGUGGAUCCACUACCUCGCUGCUCUCUGCACAGCUACUGCCACGACACAAGCCACUGUCCCAAGAAGCACCAUAGAAACAAAGAGAGACUUUGAGGGGAUCGAGAGCAAAUUUUCUUUAAGGACAGCUGACGAACCUGAUGAUGACAUCUGCUACUUGGUCCCUGGUCAAGCAGACACCGUGGCACGAUGCAACUUCAACCAUACCAGUAAAACCUUUGUGGUGAUCCAUGGAUGGACGGUAACUGGAAUGUACGAGAGCUGGGUCCCAAAGCUGGUGGAUGCGCUGUAUAAGAGAGAACCCGACUCUAAUGUCGUCGUUGUAGAUUGGCUAAGUCGUGCCCAGCAGCAUUAUCCAGUAUCUGCUGCCUACACUAAACUGGUGGGAAAGGAUGUAGCUGUGUUUAUUGACUGGAUGGCGGAACAAUUCAAUUACCCACUCGACAACCUCCAUUUGCUGGGCUAUAGUCUUGGUGCCCAUGCUGCUGGGAUUGCUGGAAGUCUGACCAAAAAGAAGAUUAACAGGAUCACUGGUUUAGAUCCAGCUGGACCUAACUUUGAAUAUGCUGAAGCAACCACGCGCCUCUCCCCGGAUGAUGCUGAUUUUGUGGAUGUCCUACACACCUACACCAGGGGGUCUCCGGAUCGCAGCAUUGGGAUACAGAAGCCCGUUGGGCACAUUGACAUCUACCCAAAUGGAGGGGGCUUUCAGCCAGGCUGUAAUCUAGGUGAAGCUCUGCGUCUGAUUGCAGAAAAAGGCCUUGCAGAUGCGGAUCAACUGGUGAAGUGCUCUCACGAACGCUCAAUCCACCUCUUCAUUGACUCCCUCUUGUACAAAGACAAGCCAAGCCUGGCCUACCGCUGCAACACAAAGGAAACCUUUGAGAAGGGGUUGUGUCUGAGCUGCAGGAAGAACCGCUGCAACAAUCUGGGCUAUACGGUCAGCAAAGUGAGAGCCAAGAGAAACAGCAAAAUGUAUUUGAAGACUCGCUCUCAGAUGCCCUAUAAAGUCUUUCAUUACCAGGUCAAGGUCCAUUUUUUUGGAAAGGAGAAUGUGACCAAGACAAAUCAGCCGUUCCUGGUCUCUUUGUAUGGCACUGCCGAUGAGAGCAAGAACAUUGCUUUGAUACUACCUGAAAUUUCCACAAACAAGACCUACUCCUUCCUGGUUUAUACCGAGGUCAGCAUUGGAGACCUCCUCAUGCUGACAUUGCAGUGGGAGAAGGAAUCCAUUUUCAGUUGGUCGGACUGGUGGACCUCCUACGCUUUUGACAUCCAGAGGGUCAGAGUGAAGGCAGGAGAAACUCAGAAAAAGAUGGUGUUCUGCUCUCGCGAUGGGAUCUCUCACCUCAAAAAGGGGAAGGAGGCUGUGGUAUUUGUGAAAUGCGCUGAUAAGUCCAACAACACAGAUACAGGACACCAGCCAAGACCUUAAAGAAAGAGCAGCUCUUGGAUUUUCUGAAGAAUGAAGUGGAUGAAACAUUUCUGCUUUGGAUGGAAAAAUAAUCCCCAUUAUGUUGGGUGUUGAGAACUGAAUGUAUUGAAAUAUCUAGCAGCUGUAACACUGCUGGCCUUUUAGUCUGCUAUUCCUAGUUAUUCUAGUAGACUCUUUCGUACGGAGUCUCAGAACACACACAGUGGUUACUUAACUAUAAAGAACAUAUUAGCCAAGUAGUUUAAAAUACAUCUACAGAAAGUGUAACAUCUUGAUUACCGGGAAGAAUUGAGAGUUGUUAUUUUGCCUCAAAAUACCACCUUGUAACAAGGUUUCUUGAUAUAAUGUACUGUAUAGCAAAUUCUUAGUAUUUAUUGAAAAGUCUCAUUUCUGGGCCUGUAUUUUGGCUUUUUAAACUUGAUUUGUUACUUUUAAAGAUUUUUCUAAAACUGGA